CUCAUCUUCAGAUAUGCCAAUGGGAAGAGGUGCAUCUUCAAGCUGACUGGCCUCCUUAGCAGCCUAUCAGUUUUGGUGUUUGAAAUAGUCAUUUUGAACAGCCAAAACUGGCACCUGAAGGGAUUUAACAACACUAUUGUGCAGUUGGUGUCCUUUAGACUAUGGGAAGCUCAUUGCCCUCAAGAGUUUAAUGUCUCAGGAACUGUAAUCAAGAUGCUGGUGCAAUCCUAUCAUUCCACCUAGACCAUCUCUUGUGAAUUUUAUUAUGCACAGAAUCUGAUAAUAUGGGCCAUUUUGAUGAAGCCUGUAGUUCUAGUGUUCAGUUUGAUGGCAAUUAAGAUCAGCUGCAUGAGAGACCCAUUUAUUGUAAUGCAGAUAUAUUGCUACAAGGUCUCUGCCUUAGUUUUGUUUGUUAUCAGGCUCUUCACAUUUGUUUCUAUGAGCUGGAACUACAUGGUAGAUCUUUAUGGCCAAAUGACUCUUGACUUUCCUGUUAAAAAGGAAGCCAUGAUAAGCAAACAGCUUACAGUCAUCUUCCCAUUAGGGGUCCUGACAGCCACCAUGUCACUCUUUGGAGUGACCAUGUUUCUCUCUGAAGUAUGUUCUUUGAAACUACAGAGUCAGGUGAAUGCCCAAUGUUUUUGCAUAGUGGCCAAUCAAGAGGCCUGUAUUUAG